AUGUACCGGGAGAUGAGCUCUCUGCAUGGUCAUGCUCGCGGGAUCACAUCGCUGGCGUUUUCCCCAGAUGGGGGGCGCUUAGCUUCAUCAGGAGCAGACACGCUCAUCAAGGUGUGGAGCAUUCGCACGGGCGCAGUCAUGCAUUCGCUUGAAGGGCAUACUAAAGGCGUCAACGAGGUGGCCUGGAGCAAGGAUGGAGACUACAUUGGGAGUGUGAGCGAUGACCGCACGUUGAAGAUUUGGAAUUCACACACAGGCAAGCUGGUCAAAUCCUUGAAAGGGCACACAAGCUAUGUUCUGUGUUUAGCGUUCAACCCUCAGGGGACGCUGAUCGCAACGGGGGGAUUCGACGAGUCGCUCAAAUUCUGGGAGAGCAAAAGAGGCCACAUUAACGCCCACACAGAAGCAGUCAGCUCUGUGGAUUUCAAUCGCGACGGGAAUAUUGCUGUCACGGGCAGUUACGAUGGGUUAAUUCGAUUAUGGGAUGUGUCCUCCGGUCAAUGCCUCAAGACGCUCGAAUCGAAGCUGGCGGGCUCUCCCGUCAACAACGCCAUCUCCUCCGUGCUCUUCUCUCCGUCUUCUGUACAGCUCCUGGCGUCCAGUCUGGACAAUAUGGUACGACUAUGGGAUGUUCCAAACGGACGCGUGCUCAAGACGUACACAGGACACAAAUGCGAGAAGCACAUCAUGAAGGCUGCUUUUACGCACCCGCGCUUUAUCCGCCCAGGGCCGGCAACGGCUGAAGAAAUCCACUUGCCAGAGGAAACGCAGUUAGAGGAAAACGACAAGGAGUCGAUCAUCCAACGCACACUGGCGGUUGAGCGGAGGAGACGAGAUCGAAAAGGGCUGCCAGAGAUUUUGGUGGUGUGCGGGAGCGAGGACCAGAAGGUCGUUCUGUGGGAUUUACAGACCAAAGAAGUGGUGCAGAAGCUCGAAGCACAUCGCGACACGGUGCUGGCAUUGGCGGUUCACCCCUUCCUACCGAUCAUCGCUUCCGGGAGCAUGGAGCACGACCCCACCAUCCGACUGUGGUUGGAUGUAUCAGAAGAUCUGGAAUGA